AUGAGUCUGCUGAGGCCCAGGGGGCUGAAGGCCCCCACCAAGAUCCUCAAGCAUGGGAGCUGGGCCCUGAAGGCGCCCUCGGCCGCGGCUGCUCCCGUUGAGAAGACCGUGCCUGGGGAGAAAACACCCAGCGCCCCCUCCUCGGAGACGCAGGAGGAGUUUGUGGACGACUUCCAGGUCGGGGAACGAGUCUGGGUGAAGGGGAAGAAGCCUGGAUUCAUCCAGUUCCUCGGGGAGACGCAGUUUGCCCUUGGUCAGUGGGCCGGGAUCGUCUUGGAUGAGCCCAUAGGCAAGAAUGACGGCUCGGUGGCGGGUGUGCGCUACUUCCAGUGCGAACCGCUGAAGGGCAUCUUCACCCGGCCGUCCAAGCUGAGCAGGAGCUGGCAGGCCGAUGACGAGACCAACGGCCUGCAGCCAGCGCCUGCCGCCGGGGCCACACCACCCCUGUCGGCCUCCCCGGCCCCUGCCGCCGCCCCGAAGGCACCCCAGCCCUCCGCGAAGGAGGCACCGGCCACCCCUCACAUCAGCAACCUGACCAGGACGGCCAGCGAGUCCAUCUCCAACCUCUCGGAGGCUGGCUCCCUCAAGAACGGGGAGCAGAAGCUGAAGCUCGGGGAACGGGUGCUGGUGGGAGGUGUGGAGGUCGGUGUGGUGCGCUUCCUCGGGGAGACGGACUUCGCCAAGGGGGAUUGGUGCGGCGUGGAGCUGGACAAGCCGCUGGGCAAGAACGAUGGCGCCGUGGCCGGAACGAGGUACUUCCAGUGUCAGCCCAAGUACGGCUUGUUUGCUCCCAUUCACAAAGUCACCAAGAUCGGCUUCCCCUCCACGACACCGGCCAAGGCCAAGGCGGCCCCCGCGAGCCGUGUGAUGGCCACCACCCCCGCCAGCCUGAAGCGCCGCCCGUCGGCCUCCUCGCUCAGCUCCGUGAGCUCCGUGGCCUCAUCCGUGAGCAGCAGGCUCAGCCGCGUGGGACUAUUGCCAGAAACCUCCUCUCGCUAUGCCUGCAAGAUCUCCAGCACCACCGCCCCCCAGGAGGCGCUGAAGGAGAAGCAGCAGCACAUUGAGCAGCUGCUGGCUGAACGGGACCUGGAGAGGGUGGAGGUGGCCAAGGCCACGAGCCAUGUGGGGGUGAUAGAGCAGGAGCUGGCCCGCCGGGACGGGCACGACCAGCACGUCCUGGAGCUAGGGGCCAAGAUGGACAAGCAGCGGGCCAUGCUGGAAGCGAGCGACCGGGAGAAGGUGGAGCUGCUGAACCAGCUGGAGGAGGAGAAGAGGAAAGUGGAGGACCUCCAGUUCCGAGUCGAAGAGGAGUCCAUCACCAAAGGCGACCUGCAGAAGGAGGUGAAGGCCCUGCAGUCGGCCUCCGAGAAGCUCGCCAAGGAGAACGAGAGGCUGAGGACCAAGCAGGACCAUGCCAACGAGGAGAACGCGGACGUGAUCGCCCUGUGGAAGUCCAAGCUGGAGACGGCCAUCGGCCCGCACCAACAGGCCAUGGGCGAGCCGAAGGCGUCCGUGAGCCGGGGCGUGGGCGCUGAGGCGGCCGAGCUGGCCGAGCUCAAGAUGCAGAUGGAGAGGCUGCAGUUCGAGUCCCAGCAGGAGGUGGAGAGCCUGAAGGCCCAGCUGGCGGCUGAGCGUGCGGCACACGCCUCUGAGCUGCAGACGAUCAGGUCGCGGCUGGUCAGGCCGGCCCAGGAGCAGAAGAACAGCCUGGAGGCCGCGCGGGCCAAGCUCGACCAGACCGAGGACCAGCACCUGGUGGAGAUGGAGGACGCCCUGAACAAGCUGCAGGAGGCGGAGACGAAGGUAAAGCACCUGGAGGGGUUGCGGGCCAUGUGUAGUCAGCAAGCCCAGGCCCUGGCCAACCCUACGGCGCAGGGGGAGGCCACCCAGGAGAAACUCUUGCAGCUCGAUGGGCUCCGGAAGGCCAGUUCCGAAGGUAAAUUGGGAAUGGAGAAGCUCAGGCAGCAGCUCCAGGUGGCUGAGUGGCAGAUUCAGGAGUUAGAGAAUGCAAAGGGGGCGAGAGCCCAUAGCCUGGCCGAGGAUCUGCAGGGGAAGGGGCUAGCGCUUCGUAGUCUUCAGGAGAACUUGAACGAAGCCGGCCGAGUGAAGGAGGCUUUGGAGAAAGAGGUGGACGUGAGCCGCAGCCAGUCCCAGGCUCUGCAGGCCGAGCACGCCAAGUCCACCACGGAGAGCCAGGCGCAGCACGAGGAGGCGCUGCAAGCCCUGCAGAAGCUGCGGCUGCAGGCGGAGGAGAAGCUGCAGGCGGCGCAGGCGGAGAACAGGAGCCUGCUGCGGGAGGUGGCCGAGCUGAAGAUGCAAGCCGACGAGGCCAAGGCUGUGCAGACAGCGGAAGAUGCCAGGCAUUUUAUGGAGCAACUGUCCCAGGAGAAGACAGAGACCCUGGCCUCCCUGGAGGACACCAGGAACACCAAUGCAAACUUGCAGAAUGCCAGAGAAUCCGAGUUCAUAAGAGAGUCCGAUGAAGAGAAAGCUUCCCUGCAGAAAUCCAUCAGUAUUACCAGUCUUUUUCUCGCGGAGGACACAGAGCUGGAGAAGCUGAGAAAUGAGGUCUCCUUGCUCAGGGGAGAAAAUGCCUCCACCAAGUCCUUGCAUUCAGUUGUUCAGUCCCUGGAAUCUGACAAGGUGAAGCUGGAGCUCAAGGUCAAACACUUGGAGCUUCAACUCAAAGACAACAAAAGGCAGCUCCUGAUCUGGGCAGGUAAUUCUGAUUCUCAAGCAGAUGAGGACGAAAGGGCCCAGGAGAAUCAGGUAAUAUUUCUUUGCUGUGCGGCUCAGCGUGAGGACGCGCAGGGCUGA